GUAACGUUGGUCGAAAGUACAGUUGAAAGGGUCGAGUGAUGCAGACGGUGCUUAAAGUUUCGGAUUGUUGCAAGUGUUUUUCUCGGAAUCGGCACUACAGCCAAUCAAUCCUGGAUGAAGCAGUUUGACGUGUUUUAGCAGGACGACCCAUACAGCACUCCCCUAGGCAAUGUGGCCUACCCAGUGAGUGGAGAGGAGGUUGCAGCAGCUUCAUCCUCCUCUUCUGCGGAGCAAGAGCAACUUCGCUCUUUCCAAGACCUAUUGCUGCGCACUUUCCAGCCAAACCAGCCGCAACAUCAGGACCUCGGCAUGCCCAUCUGCGCUAGCUAUGAAGAACAGAACCUGCACAUGGCUGGUGGUGCCCGGCUAGUGAUUGUGGAGCAGCCCAUGAAGGAGACGCGCUACCGGUACAAAAGUGAAAGUGGCUCUCAUGGUCCUCUCAUCGGGGAGUCGAGCACUCAGCAGCGAAAGACCUUUCCUACCGUCAAGCUGGAAAACUACAAUGUACAGUUACCUCAUCGCAUCAAGGCGAGUCUGGUCACCGCUGAGGACACGGCGCGGCCACAUGUGCAUCGCAUCACCAUGCGAGGCCGCGACGACGAGGACUGCUGCUACGUCACAGUUCGCGAAAAUGGCACGGCCAUGUUCCCCAGCAUGUCUAUCGUGUUUCAGCAGAAAAAGACAGUUGCUGAUAUCCUGUACAGACGCAAGAUUGAGAGAUUGCAACCCUCUCAAGAAGAAGCACGGCAGCUUCAGACUGAAGCCAAGAAAGAAGCAGCUGAGCUGAAUUUGAACCUCGUCCGCAUUUGCUUCACGGCCGAGUGCUGUGAAGACGGUGUCUGGAAACCCUUGUGUGUAGCCUACUCCAACCCAGUUGCAAACUCAAAGGCUGGGAAGCUCAGAAUAACCAAAGCAAAUCGCAAGUCAGGGUCGUGCAAAGGUGGCGAUGAGGUCUGGAUACUCUGUGAGAAGAUCAACAAGAAAGACAUCCAGAUAAAGUUCUUUGAAGAGAACGAGGAGACGAAGGAGAGGACGUGGGAGGCACCAGCCACGUUCCAGGAAUCGGAUGUGCAUUACCAGGUGGCCAUAGUCUUCAAGACGCCUCCGUACCGUGACACCAAUUUGCAGCACCAGGUGGCAGUCAAGUUCCAGCUGAUUCGCAAGUCAGACAAUGACUGCAGCGAGCCAUUUGAAUUCAUCUACAUGCCUUGUGGGCCUUCCGAAGACGAGCUGUUGGCACACAAGCGGCGCAAGCUCAGUCAUCACUCGCCCGAAGAGGCAUCCCACUACUCGGGCGUCAUGGGUCCCCCCAGCAGCAGCACUCCGACCUUCCCAAGUGAAGCGCCAUUCGGCAUGGCUACCUCUUACCCAGGUGACCCCACUGCGCAGGGCAGGAAGCAAUACUCAAGCAGCAUGACCAUUCCCUAUUCAAGUCAGCACAUUGACUGUGCCCAGACAAUGCUGAGCCUCAUAGAGGAGAGCUGAAGCCAGCGCUGUGGACUAGGAAUGCCUGCCUUGAUGAGGCCACUUGCAUUGAAUGCACACCAGCCCCUCAUGCCAGAAAAAAGAAAAAAAGCUGCUGCUUAGCCUGGCAGGUUUUCGAGCUUUCGUCGGGCUUUCUCAGGUACAAAGGCUCUGUUGUAAAUGCAGGCGUUUUCUUAACCAACCACCGACUGUGAUAAAUCUUGCAAACACAGGAAACGCUUGCAUUCAAGCAUGCAAGCAGGAAUGGUGAAUGUAACAUAGGGACCAUAUAAGGCCAUUGUUUCGACACUUGGGAGUCCGGAGUCUCGCGUUUCUCAUUUCACCCUUUCUCAUUUAACCCGACGCUGGCUGAAGCUGACAGGUUGCUUUUGCAGUCACAGUACUUAUCAGCCUUCCAUUUAUACAAAGCAUGGUCUUUUAAAUUUAUAUUCCCAACUACUAGUGAAUCAGUAGUGGUCUGAAAAUUUUUUAACUUCGCCCUCCAUUUGGCACUGUGCUAGUGCAGUUGCAUUCAGUGCAAGUGGCUUUCACCCCUGCAUUGUCAUCAACAGAACCCUGCUGACGUGAAAGGCAGGCACGCAGAUACGUUCACCGUGGUUGUCGUAUUUGCUUGAGGUGUGUUCAUUGAGUGCAAUGUUAAUGUUUCGCAGACUCGUUGGACACGUAGCAAAGACAUCGUCGGCAGCUCAACAAGCGUAUCUCUUUGUCAUUUCUCCGAAUGCAUGUCAACUUGUUAGAAGCAUUUUUGUUACAACUUUGGCAUUUGUUGUGCCUUGUGCAAGCCUACAAACAGGUGCUAUUUCCCCAGCUAGAGGUUGCACAUGUGACCAUGUUUGUGCAGACAGACAUGCAUUGGGAGUCAUUUCAGUGUCCCUAAUUUCUUGAUAGGCAGGGUAUUUACAAAUGCUUACAGGAUUGUACAUACGUAUCUACGUUCCUGCCUUUUGCAGAUGCAGUAGAUCCUUUGACUGCACUGCGUCAAGAUCGAAACUAGGCAGCAUUGUUGCCUAUUCUUGUUUCCUUUAGAAAUAUUGCCGAAGCAUCUGCAAGAAUCUUACUUAGCAGCGGCUUGCGAGAAUAAAUAAAAGUACUUUAGCCGAUGUAAUACAAUAGCAACAGUAUUUUUCUGGUGGCACUUGCUGUGCUACACCCACACAAUGAACUUGAUUCCCGUUCCCUCAAGUGAGGCCUGUCACUUAGCUUGAAGGUCUACGCCCUGAUUGAUCUGCAUACAGGCCUUGCAGAGCCUAACCUGCACGUUUAAUUGAGAGUACUUGGCCAGUGUGAGACCACGACGAAGAGCACAAGUCAUGUGCACGCUGGCCUAGUUUGUAAUUACGGGUGGCUUUCAUUGUCUUCAUACACUUGAUCUCCAGUGUGUUUGUGCAGGGGCCUGUGUUGUCAUUUAUUUAUUGCCGCUUCACCUCUGUGGUUUUGUUAUUUGUGGAUUCUAGUAUGUCCUCAGCCACUGGCAACUGAUGCGAGAAGCAAAAGUGUAUACUUAUAUAGUAUGUUUACUAGUGACCUAUGUCAGUGUUGAACGCACGGUGUGAUUAGAGAGCAUUGCACAUACAAGGCGCAGCUCACUUGUUUUGUGAUGUUUUGGAGGUUGUACCUGCUUGUUGAAGCAGGCCUUUCCGUUACUGUGCCGUCUUUCAGUGUUUUCUUGUUCUGUCUUGAAAAGACUCACUUUAGUAAUUGAGGAAUUGACAUUAGCACUUGAACUUGGGUGCUUUAAUAAAAUGGCAAAGUUUGUUUUUGAAGCUCGGCGAAAAAAUCCAGUAUAGGAAGCGUAGAGUUUCGCAUUUCACAGUGGUGAAAUAAGAAGCUCAUACCAGGUUUUGAUCAUUUCGUGGAAAAAAAAAACUUAAUUCGGAAUGAGCAUGCACUGCACUUGCGUCUGAUUCAAAUAUUGGUCAUAUUAGGGGUUGUACGAUUUUUAAGUAAAUUGGGUUGAAUCUGAAAAAAUUCUCAGUGGCAAACUUUCUAAGGAUUGUGAUUUCUGCAAAGGCACCAAAUUUCAGGGCAGAUCUCCACCUACCCGUUUCCUGUCAUCUAGACCCCCGGUGUGUUUUCUAAAUUGUCUUUCUGAGCAGAGGUGAGAUAAGCACAAAAUACUGCUGCUACCCCAGCUUGAGGUAUUCAAUUUACUGGUGAAAGAUGCGGAAAAAUGAGCACAAGACGAGGCAGGGUCACCAGAAAAGCUACUCUACCCAGCAUUUUGCUGCAACAUGAUGACGCUUUGCACUGUUUCAUAUUUGCAUAGCUGUGAACACACUGCUUAAUAACACUGACAGCUUUCUCUCUGUGUACUGAAGCAGCAUUUCUGGUUAGGCUCAUAAGACAGCAAUAUAAACAGUGAAGAAGUGUAGAUGCAUCAUGCAGGGGAAAGGAAAGCAGAAAUGUGUGGAAUAAAUAAACUCCUCAGUAAGAUUGGGCUCGGGUGUUGCAAAAAGAAAAAGCACAGUGCAUAGAUAACACUGCGGCAAUCAUUCCUACAAAGUGUCAAGUCACACCGAUGAAAUGUUCAAACAAAAGCUGGUGUGCUGUUUCGCUCAAGGGAGCCCAAAUUCGAGUCAUAGAGCUUAUUAGGGGUCGUGACCUCGGUAGCUUGUCCAGUACAGAAUGUGCUACGCUACUGCUGGAGGCUUGUCGCACACCAAGAGGCGAGAGGCACAAAAAAAGAGGGGGCGGAGCUUACAGUGCAAACAUGAGAAAGCAGGAAAACCAAAAAGAAAGGUCAACAUGGAAGGACAGAGUGUCUACUUGGCCACGUGACAUUUUUGUUUUCCCUUAUCUCCCGUAAUAAUGGAACAAUUUGAAAGGAAAAAUCAUGUGCUAGAAAGAUGCAAUUUGCAGUGUAUAUGAUCAAAUCAAGGGCUGCUGAGGAGCCUUUUAGGAAAAUUUUUCUCCAUUUUCGCUCCUGAGUUAAUACAGAAAACGGAGGACUCUAGUGCCACUACCGAGCAUUUGCAUGGUGGGGCGACCUUUUUUUUUGCUCAUGAGUUGUACACUCAUAGUGAGGUAUGUAGGAGGGGAUGUGGGGUGGGGACAAGGUGCUGUUCACAAUGGCAACUUUGAGAGCAGCUUCGUGUGAUGAUGCUUCUUAAGCUGAUUGUCUGUGAAGAAUUUUGUUCUUCAUUUCACCACCAUAUAUGCUUGUCACAUAGUUUCUGCUGGGCAAGCCAUCCUUCUUUGGUGCCGAAAUGCUUGGCAGCAUGCACCGAGAUGGUUUGACAGAGUUAGUGUGCAGGCAGUUUGUGUUGAUGUUCUCUAUUUUCAUGUUCUGUGUCAGUGUUUAGUUUACCUGUGUUUCCAAAUCAGUGCAGUUGUCUGCAAUACCUUUGGCAGGCUGGGACACAGACGCCAUCUAUGUAAAGACCAUGUCUUAUUUUUGUAGGCUUUGUAAGCCAUGUUAAUGAACUCGGCACACAGUUGUCUUGUGGUAGGGAUGGAAAUGAAGCACUGCAGUACGCAGUAAAUUGCAUAUUUUUGUUUUUUAUAAGGUUGUGUUUGCACAGACGAGAUGCCUGCCUUGAGUAUUUGAGAUGAGUGUAGAAACAUUGGCAAAGCACGAAGCAUUGUGUCUGUAGUCUUAGUGUCUUCAGGUGUGUCAUACUGCUUAUACCAGGUAAAAAACAAGUCGCUAAGAAUGGGCUGAAUCUUGACAAGUUGCGGAAGGGUAUUAAUGAUAGCAAAUGAUGUCACCUUCAGGUAUUUUUCAGUGCUAAAACCCACAAACCCAACGUCCCUUUAAGGGUAAUUGUAUCAGAGAUUGACACCUGGCAGAAGUCAGUCGCAUUGUUUCUUUAAGCCAAGCUUGCCUGUUUGCUCGUCACUGAGCCGUUCUUGAUUAGGAGCUCGGAUCAAGUGAUUGAAUUCAUGAAGGGCCACGCCCGUAAAGGUUACCAAGCCUCUUCGGUCGACAUAAAAGACUUAUAGUACUAUCCAAUCCCUCACGACACUCUGUUGUCUUCCAUUGAACAUGCCAUAGAUGAAUACGGUCCCGUGCGCUUUCAAAGUGAAGUUUCAUUGUCAGCGAGUCAUUUUUUAGAACUUUUAUCGUUUUACUUAUCUUCCCCUUUUAUUUGUUCGGACAACGCACUGUAUUUGCAAAAAAAGGGCGUGUGUAUCGGUUCGUGUAUACCACCCAUUCGUAGCGACUUGUUUUUAUCUGGUCUUAGUACCCUGUCUACAGCGCUAGAAAACACCAAAGGGUGCAAAGCUUUUUGCUUUGUCAAUGACUUUAAUUGACUGCGCUGCUGUUGACAUAGAAGCAAAGGUUGACGAGGUGUUGCCUGCAAUUAAGGAAUGUUUUGCGUUCCUUAAAGUCACUUGCCAACUUCCACAAGAGGGCUCUAUUCGUUUUUUGAACAUCCGGUUAUUUCUCUUAGAAGAGCAUACAUGGUGGUGGUAUGAGACGCGAGCAAAUAAGCCUCUCCUUUCUUUUGUUUCUGCGCACUCAAAGCUCAUUAAGAGAGGCAUUGCGAACAUGUUUUAAAAUAUGCCGACAAAAUCGUGUCAUCAAAAGAUGGCGUCCAGUUUCGAGACCCAAAGCAAGUACCUAACCGAAGCAGGCUAUCCAAUUCUGUUACAGGUGUCCAUUGCCAAACGCAUUUUCAAAUAUCCACGUAAAAAAAGACGGGCAUGAAGUUCUGGACUACUCCGGCUGCAGAGUAGGUGUGAUCCCUUGUAUACACACUAUUUCCCACAACUUCAAAAUAGUCGCCCUCAGGGCUAAGGUAUGUGUCGUUUUUUCAUUGCCCAAAAAGCUAGGGGAGUGCAUUGCAGAACCACAGAUAAGUGGGCGAGUUGGUUUGGGUUCUAGCGCUACCCCCCUUUGCCCUUUAUUGUAAACUAGGGGAGCUUUGUAAGCUGACUUGCCCAUAUAAUGUCGCCCACUCAACUUGUGAUAAGAAACACCACGUCAGAAUAGUUCAUUGUGUGUGCUGUAUACUCUACAAGUUUUCAUUAUCAUGCGGGAAGUACUAUAUAGGGCAGACGAAACAGUGUCUGAAUGACAGACUACGCAAACAUAGCUAUAAUGCAAGAAAUAAGCUUUCUGCGGGGGGGGGGGGGGGGUUCUUAGCGGCGCACUGCGAAGGUUGUGGGUGCUCCCCUAUUCUGUAUAGCUGUAUCGGCCGUUAUCGGCCGGUUUAGGAAUUAGCUCACACGGGAAAUAACAGAAGCCGAAGCUCUAUCAGAAUUAUGAAACUUGUGUGUGAGCUCGCCAUCAGUUUCUUUGUCGGAAAAGGAAAUGACGUUAUUGGAUUAAGAGCACGUGCAAGAUGAGUCGUGUUUGCUCGCGCAUGUAUAAAAUGGGUCUGAAGGGCAUGAAAUGAACAUCUGGAAGCUACCUGUCUCUGCGUCUGUGUCGUGUUUCUUUCUUUUAUGUACCGCACUAAUACACGCCACGUUUAAAAACCUGGUAGGUUGGAGAUAAUUGUGAGAGGCCUUUGUCCGGUAGUAGACAAAAAAAAUGGGCUCAUGAUAACGCUGUGAAGUGACAUAAAAUAUUCAUAUGCAGGUAUAAAGAUUUCGUUUAGUUGCCUUUGAUGUAGCAGAUAGCACCUCGCUGGUCAGUUUGAAACUUCAAAACGAUUUUUGGGUUUUACCAUUGCCAUGGUGUAUCUUGAAUACAAUUUAGAUAGAUGACACUGGCCCUAAAAAAAAUUAUUUUAAGGAACUUGAUGUCUUACAAAAAACAUUAAAGGCAAAUUUUGAAUCAGUGUAGAAGUGUGUCUGAAUAACUCUUCCAAGCAAGCACACAGCAGUAUUUUUACACCAAGAGGUAACCAAUUGUAGGGAAAAUUGGGACUGAUGAAGUUGUGUAAUUCAUCUGCUGUUUGAACUUCUCGCAAUAAAUAGGCUAUUUGGGGUCUGUAUAUUCUACACUGUGCGAGCUAUUUUCAAAGGCUGUGGGCUGGCUAUUGCUGCUGCUGCUGCUGCUGCUUACUUUGGUUAGCAGUCUGGGCCAUUUGGUGGGGCAUGAUUCAGCCUCAUUACACAGAUGAAUGCCAGCCUGAGUAGCUAAUUGAUUAAGAAAGCAAAGCUGUAUAAGGCAGUUUUUGCACCGUUUGAACGUAAAACAGUGCUUCUUGAGGGUAGCGAUCUUCUCUGCCCAGGCCACCAUGGGGAGGUCAAAAUUGUUAAAGACAGCGGACUCUGCUGCACAGGUCGUCAAAAAUGGUGCACGCUCCCUAUCGUGCAAGUGAUCUGCGGCAGGGUUCAGCGAGCCAAGGGGGUUGGUAGCUUCGUGUGACUGUCUCCCUGGAUCUUUGUGAGCGAAAAGUUGUGUUUGCAAUGUUGAGCAUGCCAUUGUUGUGAAGGCUAGUAUUCGGGGUCAUUGAGUGAGAUGUGUUCGUGUUUGCAUUAAUUAAUUUAAUUAGUAUGGCAAAACGACAGAGCUUUCUAUAGCUGUUAGACACAUCGCUAUCACUACCUUUGGGGUGAAACUGUGACUUUCCAUUUGACAGAUCGUGUAACUGUUUCGGUUGCUGCAGCUUGUCAUUUCUCCAAAAGGCAGGUAGAUGGGCAGUGUCUAGUUUUCAUUGUAAAAGAGGCCCCAAUAUUAGUAAGAAUUUAUACAAACAUUCCAGUGAAAAAAAAAAUUGCAUUGAUCUUCCCUGCACGUUGUAGUGUUUGAGGGAGCAUUGAUAAAAGCUUUUUUUUAUGCAUUGGGUCAUCUAUUUUUUUUUUUUAUCAUGCAUCAAAAUUCUGACCUCUUCUUGUGUUACACACACUUGUUUGAGGCUUUUAGUUUGUGCAGUAGCCUUCUCCUUCAUUUCUCUCUUUGCUAAAUUCUGUCAUAAGAAAACUCUAGUUUUGCACUUGGUGCUGUGAAUUUUGUUAUGCGUGUGUCAUGUCAUGCUGAAGAAUAAUUUCCUUCCUCUGUAUAGGACCACGGUUGGCUUUCUUUUUUUUCGCUCUCUCAAAUUAUUUUUUUUUUACAACCACAUUACUUGAAGCACUACGGUGUUUUCUUGUACGUAGAAAAACGUGUUUGUAGGAAACAGUCUGGUUGCAUUCCAGCUUGGAUGCAAUCCCUGUCCAUGUCUCAAUGGCUGGGAAGUGCACAGGGCCUUUAUCUUACAUGGUUCGAGCAGAAACACCUGUACUCAUCAUUCAUUCUUGUUCACAUUGUUGGGCAGAUGUUGUGAUAUUUGUGGCUAUUUCACGGACACCAUUUUGUUGUAUUGUCUAUAGGCACAUGCUGUUUAAAACACAUGCGUGCCAUGCAAAGUGUUGCCAACUUCAUUGCCAUCUCUCCAAUAUUUAAGCGAUAGGGAAGUCAUGUUGUAUGGGAUGUGCAAGUAUUUGCUUUCUCUUUCCCACUCAGUGUCUUCACAUUUAUUUGCCUUCUCUUUCUUCAUCUCACACGUCUUGGCAAACAGUCAGUGGGUUGUAACUUGGCCGGAGAGAGCCGCCCACUCUGUUUGUUAAGUGUCAUGGUGCGGCUGCUGCUUGCAGCAAUUGUAUUCAAAAUGCGAUGCAUUUCGAAAAAUAAAUAAUUUUUUUCCUUUCUCGAA